AUGAGGAUUUUCACCACUUUGGCCGGCGGAUGUUUUGGUUUGAGCAACUGGGGAAGUCAUGAUAAGUUUUAUGACUGGAUAGAAUAUGAAAGGCCCUACAUCCAUGCAGCAGCGAAAUAUCCAAAUGGGGAUGCGAUUUGUCGCGCGAAAACAACCGUUGUCAAUGAUGACAUUUUUUUGGCGGGAAUUGUUAAAAAUAAUAAGUGCAUUUUUGGAUGGAAUACGAAAGAAGAAACUAGCAAUUUUGACCUUCUUGUACCGAAUUGUGGUGAUGGUAGCGAGCUCAGCUGGUUCGAAGAGAGGGAUUUAGAAAGUGUGGGUGAUGAAGUAAGAGUUGAGGUGAACACGCCUGGAUUCUCGAUUGGAAUCUGCGAGUUCAACGGCAAUAAUGGCUGGAAACGAGGCAAAGGGUGUAUGUGGAAAACACCCGAAGCUGGUGCACAGGAAAAUAACUACGAGACAAAUCAUAAGAUGCUCACAAUUGUCGGUUGUAAGCUUCCGUCUAUUUCCUUCUAUGAUCGAGCGCAAUUCAUGAAAGAAAACGAAGCUGAUACUUUGAUUUAUGAAAAUCUUCCAAGUGAUGAGGCUGUCUUCAUCGGUGAUAACUACUCGCCCAAGUAUCAUACCAGACAUAUGAAAAAGGAAGACUCCUCUGUUCACUGGUCAACAAGUCUGUUAAAAGUUCCGUUGUGGCAUGAUGUUGAGGCCAGUUUCAACUUGCUGAGCUAUGGCAAAGAAGACGCUGAUUGGGAAGCCAAAUUCGUCUGGUACAAAGAAAGUAGCAACCCAGAACUAAAGGAGUCCGUUAAAUAUGAAGUCGUGAAGAUUGUGCCUAUUGAACGCGAGAUCAACUUUGACGUCACGAGUCCUCAGAAGAUAUCACUUUUUGGAAAGUACGAGUCCGAAUUCGUCGCCUUAGAAGUAAAACAAACUUUGCGCGCGGAUGGCAGCCGCAAACAACUUCAGUAA